AAUAAUCAAUUAGGUACAUCAGCUAAGAAUGCAAAUUGUGUGGACACACUGUAUCACAUUAGGGGAAAUGAAGAUUUAAUGGACAGAGGCCAUCAACAGCAGCUGGUGGACCAUGGAGAGAGAAGAUUUGAAGAAGAGGACAAUGAGAAUAGACGUCAUUUUUUUGAACCACCAGAAGUAGAUGCAUCAGAAG